AUGAUGGCGCCCCGAAUUUGCAGUGCUGUCUGUGUCGGACUCAGUCGCAUUCAGAGCAGCUUCGCAUUCAGAGCAGCUUCGCAUUCAGAGCAGCUUCGCAUUCAGAGCAGCUUCGCAUUCAGAGCAGCUUCGCAUUCAGAGCAGCUUCGCAUCUCACCCUCGUCACUCUUUCGAAUUGUUCUCGCCGUCAUUGCGAUGAAGACCUCGGGCCUUUUCGCCCUCUCGGGCGCUGCCCUCUCGGGCGCUGCCCUCUUGCAAGGCGUUUCAGCUGCUUGCUGUCGCAGUAACAAGUGCUUGAAAGGCAUGUGCUCUCCCUUCCAUUUCCUUCCGGGUCCGAAUCUUGUGACCAACACCAUCGUCCUUGGCGGUCGCCCUCGCCGACGCCGGACUCGCCGAUUGUUCCGCAAACCUCGGCACCAUCACCGUGACUUCCACCGCGGCCGCAACUACCUCCACCGAAACGAGACAGCAUUGGCCGAAACCCUCUUCUACACCGAAACCGUCACUUCCACCGGACCGGUCCAAACGGAAACGGUCACGCGGACCAUGACUCAAACCCUCACUACCACCUCGACUGAGCUGGCCCCCGGCGUCACGUCAACUGCAACAAACUAUGUCGAGGAGCCGAGUAGCUUGAAGGUCAAGGCCCGUCGGACAGAUAUUGCUGCUCCCUCUGGCCUGCCUGAGUAUGCCCCGGCCAAUUGUGCCGACUGGGCCAAGUAUCUCAAGGCGUGCAAGUGCGUCGGCGUCGAGGAACCGUCUCUGCUGCCGUCGAGACUGAAACCGUGA